GAGCCGAGCCGCGCAGCGCAGCGCAGCGCUGAGUCCAGCCACUCGCUUCGCCUUCCCUUUUAUAUUUAGCAGCCCAUAUGAAUUUUAUUCGCCGGAUAAAAAAAAUAACGCGAGAGUUUGCAAGUUGACUUCAGACUGUAGUUACAACUGUCAAAGGCAGAGACAGAGUGGAUCGCGCAUGACCCGACGCGCACUACUACACAGUAUUACUGUACGCGGCCGCCCAGAUAAUAUCUGUUCGAAAAAUAGAAAUAAUUGCGAGGUAAGGAGCCGAGGAGUGCGUCGGAGCCGAACGCGGACGGGGCUUUCGGGCGGGUUUCCUCCGCCGGGGUUCCUUUUACUCCAGCCAACUGGCCAGACGCUGUCGACAUUACUGCACUAAACAUAUUUUUCUGUCUCCCUUUUUUUAGCUACAGCGCAGGGAUUUUUUUUUUUUUUUUUACUCCUCCUUCGUAUUAAAGUCGCCAUUUUGCUUCAGUGAAUAUAAAAGCUUCUUCUCCUGUGUGUAUUUUUUUAUUUCUUGAAGGAGACGACGGAAUUUCUGUCGCCGGAGUCUGCCUGGUUUGUGCCUUUUAUUUUUUUUCUUAUUUUUUCGUUUUCGUCGUUUUCUCGUAAACCAGACGGCUGAGGUUAAAAAAAGCACCUCGUGGGUUACAUAUUAAUGAGGGUACCGGACAGGAGGAGGCUGGAGCGGGGAAAAAGGUGAAAGUGUUGAGCUUUAUUGGAUUUGCGUGUGCCCCCUUUUCCCCCCUGUCCUCCACCCCUCCCGCCGUCGCCACCGCCGCCGCCGCCCUCAUCCUCCGCAAGGGUUCCCGGGCAGGGGCUGCGCGCGCGGGGCUGCGCGCGCGUGGCUGCCGAGCGCGACCGCGACGCCCGGCGUCUGUACGUCGGUCUCGUCUCGUCUCGUCUGGUGUGCGCUCGAGCCGGCUCGCGGGGGCGGCAGGUGCGACUGCCAUGUAACUGCAGGGACCCGCGCGCAGCCGAGUGCACCGCCUGACCCCACGUGGGUGACCCGCGCCACCCGGCCGCCGCUGGUGCCGGCGCUGGGCGACUCGCGACGUUCCAGGUAUGGAGACUUCCAGCGGGAAGCUGGGCUGUAUGCCCCCUGCCGUGGCCAGGGGUCGCCUGGCAAAGCCGUCCCACGCCCUGGGGGCAGCCACCAGGAUGGCAGGCACGGAGGACAGCAAGCACGGUUCCUCUGGUAGCGAGAGAGCAGAGGGUAAGAAGAAAGGACGGCCGAGAGCAGAAAUCCAGGAGCUGAGGAGCAUCCCAGCAGCCAUGAUGGUUCAGUGGAAAGAGGAGUUUAAGAGCCGAUCCAGAGUCAAGUGUCCCUGCUCCGGCUGUUGGUUGGAGUUCCCCAGCAUCUACGGGCUCAAGUACCACUACCAGCGGUGCCAGGGGGCAACCAUAGCAGAAAAGCUAAGCCACAGAUGCCCGUACUGUGAAGCAAUCUUCGCCUCGAAAGUCCGCCUACAAAAGCACAAAACCUGGAAUCACCCUGAGAGGAUGUCCCAGGAGCCCAGGCUGGAGCCCAAGCUGCCAAAGGGGUCAGCCAAGGCGGGCGCAAAGAAGAGGCCAGUGGAGAACGCCACGGAGGUGUCGGUCGUUGCCAAGGUGAAGAAGACACAGGAGGCAUCCCGGCCGUCGCAAAAUGGCGAGUGUGCCGUGCAGAAGGCAGACAAAAGGCAGCACGCCACACAGCAGGGCGCAUCCUCCGAGCCCUCACCCAAGACCCCUGGGGGCAGUGAGAGCGAAGGCGGAAGCCUCCCGCCUCCCUAUUUGGAGGAGGACCCAGAGAGAACAAGGCACAGGAGGAAACAGAAAACUCCAAAGAAGUUCACUGGCGAACAGCCAUCGAUUUCGGGAACGUUUGGCCUGAAAGGAAUGAACAAAGUGGAGGAGAAGCUGAAGUCCGGGCGGGUAAAGAGGAUGGACGGACAUGUCUUCAAUGAGGAGCCUGUGAGAAAACUCCAGACUCCACUGCCGAAAAAGGACCCAUCGCAUUUGUGCUCCGGGGGCCUGGAGGCGCAAUGGCAGCACACCAUAACAGAGCGGGGGGAGGUCGUGUGUCCCACCUGCUCCCUCGUCUCCAGGAAGACCGUCGUGGGUCUCCGGAAACACAUGGAUAUCUGUCAGAAGCUCCAGGAUGCUCUGAAGUGUCAGCAGUGCCAAAAGCAGUUCAGGUCCAAGGCGGGACUGAAUUAUCACACCAUGGCGGAGCACAACAGCAAGCAGCCUUCUGGGAGAGAAGGGCCAGAGGGGGAUGAACAACAGGAGAGAGAGAGACUGCGCAAGGUGCUCAAACAGAUGGGCAAACUUAAGUGUCCCAACGAGGGCUGCUCUGCACACUUCUCCAGCCUCAUGGGGUACCAGUACCAUCAGAAGCGCUGUGGCAAAGAGCUGUCUGAGGCCGACAAGCCUGUCUUCAGGUGCCAGCAGUGUGAUAAAAGCUACAAGUCAAAAGCUGGCCGAGACUAUCACUUGCGCUCUGAGCAUGCCAACACACCCAUUGAUGACCUUUCGUUAAAAACUGAGGACCAGGAGGAGAGGAAGCAGACAACCCUCCAGGAAGAACGUGUAGAGCAGCAGUCGCAGGACAAGGACAAGAAGCAGGAGAGCUUGGUGGAGGAGUUUGAGAGAACACCCAGCGGGAGGGUGAGACGCCGCUCUGCCCAAGUAGCUGUCUUCCACCUGCAAGAGAUAGCUGAGGACGAGCUAGCCAGGGACUGGGGCACCAAACGACGGAUGAAGGAUGACCUCGUUCCAGACAUCAGGAGGCUCAACUACACUCGCCCCGGGCUUCCAGAAUUCAACCCUAAAAUGCUAGAAAAUUGGAAGAAUGAGGUCAAAGAGAAGGGUUUCAUCUGCUGCCCAAAUUCAAGCUGUGAAGCUGUGUAUUCAAGCGUAUCAGGACUGAAAGCUCAUUUAGCAAACUGUAACAAGGGUGGAGGUGCUGUGGGGAAGUACAGGUGCUUGCUCUGUCAAAAAGAGUUCAGCUCAGAGAGUGGCGUGAAGUACCACAUCAGCAAGACGCACUCUCAGAACUGGUUUCGAGCAUCUGGUCACACGGCACCCAACAGCAAAAGAAAGGAGCCCAAGGACAGUCAGAAGGAUGACCCCCAGAAGAGCACAGCAGGGAAGAAGAGGGGUCGCAAGCCCAGGGAGCAGUCGGUAGGAGUCCAACUGAAGGAAAAAGAGGAGCCCCUGCCUCCAAAGACUGUGAUCGCCACACAGCCCCCAUGCCCGGUACCAGCCCCCCAGCCCAGUCCCCCAACUUCAGCAACAAGACCCAGCCAAAACAGAGACAGUAACCCUGUGGCCAAGAGGAGGGGUAAGCCCAAGAAGGUGCAAGCCACUGAGUAACUAACUCUCACACACCCCACCAAGGCCACACGUGAUGGGCUCAACAAUGACCCCCUCCUCCAGAUUGUUAACUAUAAGCUUAUUUUGUUCUUAAUGUGAAGUACUUCUGAAUCAAAAGAAGAAAGGUAACAGAAAUUUAAGACUGUUCCUGUGUUAAACUUCAA